AUGGCAGAGUCGCCGGACCGAGCGCUGCUUUCCCCAGAUUCCGACAUGGACGGACUGGGCUCUCAUCCCAUCCCGGAGGACAGUAUUGUCCUGACGCCAGACAUCACGCCUGUCCUGACGACUGACGGACAAAUCGUGGGCGAUGGAGUGUCCUACUCAGCGUAUCGUGGCGACUCAACAACUGCCCAACGCUCAAAGACCCCACCGGUGGGAGCGUACCAUCCGCAACACAGGAGGUCGAUGUCCAACACGCCCACGGGCACCUGGCCGCAUCGGUCUGCUAGGUCGAUCGCUCGACCACACAGUGCUGCCAGCAACGGAUCUUCCGAGGCGAGAACUAGCAAGAGCUCUAUCGAUCUCCCCCUCCCAGAUGAUCCUGACCUGCUUCAGAUGCGAGUGCGGGAGCAGAGGACAAGCAUAGACCAGCUGAAGAGCGAGCUCCACACCAAGAAAGACGAAAUCACAGCCAUGCGCACAAAGAUCAUGCAGUACUCUCAGGAGCUCAACUCGUUGAAGAUGUCCAAGGGUGCUUUGAAUGAGGCUUGCGUCACUGGGAUGAUGGAUAUGUGGCAGCUACAGCAGAGCAUUGCAACUCUUCAGACAGACAAGGAGCACCUGGAGAGAACGAACGAUGCACUGCGGCGUGAGUCCAUCGACCAUGACCACGAGAGAAGGGGCCUGCUGAACCUUAUCGACGAUAGCAAGCUGCAAGUCGCCGAAUUGGAGACCCUAUAUUCAGAGGAGAUGAAACGUCGGAAGGAUGUGGAAACGAACAGAGCAGCAGUAAUGGAGCGACUGGGUCUGGAACUGAAGUGGGUGCGAAAGGAGCUGCAUGACAAAACCUCCCGUCUCAAGAAACUCGCCCGCACAAACGCACGACUGGCAUGCAAACUCCUAGCAGUGGAAGCAGACAACUCGGAGUCCACAAACAUUGCCAAGAUGCUUCAGAAGCAGAACCAGGAGCUUGACAAGGACAACCUGGAGCUGGCAGGGUGCCUGAUGCAGCUCGAAGAUCAGAUCGAACAACUCGCCAAAGAUAAAGACAAAGCUGAUGACACAAUCAGGGGCAUUCGUGACGAGCAUGCUGGGCGCAUGGAGCAGGAGCGUAGGAGCCUCAUGUCCAGAAUCACUGGUCUCCAGGGCCAGCUGGAUACUCUCACUAUGCAGCACAGUGAAAGCAUGGGCAUGUCAUCAGAGCGUGAGGAGCAGGUUGUGAACCUUGAGGAAGAGAAGUCCAAACUGGAGGCCCGGGUUGGUGCCCUAUCCAGGGGAAUGGCUGAGCUGCAGGAGGAACAGCAGGUUGCAGAGGAGGCUGUGGAGAAGAUGAAGAGGGACUAUGUUGCAAAGCUUGAGCAAGACACUGAGGUGCUGCGGCGUAGGAUCAUGGAGCAUGAGCGGGUGGCAGACGAGUUCCGCGAGAAGGAGGCUGAUCAUGAGGCGGAAAUGAACCUCACUCAGGACGAGAUUCGCAGGGUGGGAAGCGAGAAGGAGGCCCUCAAGGGACGUGUGACUGUCCUUGAACGCAUGCUGCACGAUGUGACCUUAGAUAAGGACACGGAGACAGAGAGCAUCCGCAAGCAGAAGGAGAGGGAUGUGUCGCUCAUCCAGAGAGAGAAGGAAGAUCUGUCCCUGCAGGUGCAGACGAUGGAGAAGCAGCUCCGUGAGUUGGAGCUGGAGAAUCGCACAGCCAAUGAAAACAUCAGAAAGAUGAAGGUGGAGAUCCGAGAGAACGACCACCACAAGGAGACGCUCAGCCACCAGGUGCGCGUUAUGGAGUGGCACAUGGAGGGUCUGUUCAGCGAGAAGCAGCAAGCGGUGCGGAGCCUGGAAGACAAGAACUUGGAGUUCAUUCGCCUUCAGCAGGACCUGGCAGACCGGAGCGAGGACUUGGAGCGAACCAGGAAGGAGGUGACCCAGAGGGAGCACGUGACAGAAACUAAGAUUCGUGAGCUGGAGAUAUCAAAGGUGGACAUGACUGAGGCCCACGGGGAUGCGGAGCACCGCACCUCGCACCUUGAGCGACAGCUGGAAGAGAUGAAACGGGAGAAGGCGGAAAUGACGGAAAAGCUGAAGAAGGUGCGAAAGCGCAGGCCGUGGCUCAACCUCCAGUUCAAGAUCCACUGCUGA